AGUCACGUGUAUGGUUCCUUUUUAUUAUUCUCAAAUAAUACCUGCUUCGAGAGCAUCCCAGCGGUACAAAAGGAACGAGGAUGCUGCAGACACCUUCAGCAAUGCAGUCCGAUAUCUCCACCUGUGUAAGAUUUCGUUAUGCAUACCUUCUUCGUCCUUUUUGCUAAGGAUCAUGAAAGCUGUUCCUGAUUCUUCGCUCCAUCUGUAGUACAAUCUCUCGCUCACGCUUUAUUUUUUUGGUGGGAACCAUGAGGAUCUUGAGCUGGGUGCAAACCAAGUUCAGUGGGAGACAGGAGCAUAAGCGAUGUGCUGCUGCUUUGAGUUCUGCUUCUUGUACUUCAAUCCCUGUUAUUUCUAAAGAAGAAUUCCGGGACUGGCCGCAGGCGUUGUUGGCAAUCGGGACAUUAGGCAACAGAGACAUCAAAGAAGACCCACAAAGACCUGAAUCCUCGGAAAACCUGCAAGCUUCAGAAGAUCUGCCUGAUUUCACCAUGGAAGAAGUGAACAGAUUCCGGGUAGAGCUAGUCAAGCUACUGACUCGAAAGCCGAAUUCUAGCACCAGUGCACCAGAGAUCGCUGAAGCAGAUCGGGCUAAUCUGCUACUGAAUUGGUUCCUUAAUCGCCCAUCGAGCUUGGAAGUUGACAGGAAACUGGAGAAUCUUGGCGAUCUCUCUCCCAGUACCAAGAUCAUACUAUCUAAAGUGAGAGAUGCUUUGUUGAGCAACCGCACCGCGAUUAAGAAAGAAUCACUCUCAUUUCUUUUCAAGAAGAUGUUUGUAUGUGGAAGUGGCUUUGCGCCGCCUCGGAACUUGAAGGAUCCAAUUCCUGAGCCGAGGAUUGAUAAGGUUUUGAGGGCAAUUCUGACCAAGAAGAUUUACCCUCGAAGCUCUGCUCUGGCUCCAGCAAAGAAGUACUUGGCGAAUAAACCCACUGAGAAGAUGCAGGAAGAGGACAAAAGGAAAGAUCAGUAUAAAUGGGUUAAGACCGAUUCUGAGUUUAUAGAACUUAUUGUUCUAGAGAUCUAGAGACCAAUCUAUCGAGAGAGUCUCGGGGAACGAGACCAAGAAAGAUGAGCUCAAACUGAAACGGCAAGGAAAGGAGCCACAGAGCAGAACCAGAAGUUCUCUGCAAUGUAAGCUUAAGCACCUUAGAGCCUCAUCUUUUCUCCUCCUUUUACUUUGUUCUUUGUACAUGCGGCUAUCUUUAUGAUCCUGUAUCCUUACUGCUAGCUAAGUCAAGAAGCUUCAAUCA